AUGUUUCUCAUAUUGUUGGUUUUUUGUUUACCUCUAAGACCUGCUCUAAUUACAAAUAGUUGCAUUGAACCACCAUUGGAAUGUCCAAAUAUAAAUAUUACGUUUUGGUUAUAUACUAAAGCUAAUGAUCGCCAGCCAUUUCAAAUUUUAGUAAAUGAUUCGAAAUCCAUUGAAACAGCACCUUGGGUCGUUAACGCACCUAUCAAGAUUCUUAUACAUGGUUACACAGGGUACAAGGACUUCUCACCGAACACUGAAAUUAGACCAGCGUACAUGGAGUGCUGUAACUACAACAUAAUAUCAGUCGACUACAACCCACUAGCGAGGGAGCCUUGUUACAUUGAAGCUUCUCACAAUACCAAACUAGUAGGAAAAUGUACAGCUCAGUUGAUUGAUGAGCUCGUCACCAAGUACCAUUUUCCUCUUAAACUAUUCCAUGUCAUCGGUUUUAGCCUUGGCGGACAGGCAGCAGGGUUCGUAGGUCAAAACGUGAGGUCAGGAAAGUUAUAUAGGAUAUCGGGUUUAGACCCAGCCUUGCCGCUAUUUGUGACAAAACACUUGGAUGAGAAAUUGGACAAGACCGAUGCAAUUUUUGUUGACGUUCUCCACACAAACGCUUUAGGGAGAGGAAAAUUAGAAGACAGUGGACAUGUCGACUUCUACGCUAAUGGUGGCAGCAUACAACCGGGUUGUAGAUCAUCUAGACAGAAAACUUUAUCCAGUUGCAGCCACGCUCGAGCGCCGAUAUACUACGCCGAGUCAAUCACGAGUAAGGAAGGCUUCUAUGGAACGAAAUGCCACUCAUGGAUUGCAUACAUAAUUGGAUGGUGUGAGUUGCACCAUCCAGACGAAGAGGAACUCUUCGGAGAGUAUGUUUCAAGAGAAGCCAGAGGACAGUACUUUUUCAAUACGAAUGCAGAGCCUCCUUAUGCCCGUGGACCUAAUAGUCGAACGAGUAAAAAGAACCAUUAA